AUGGCGGCGCCCACGGCGAGCCAGGCGCGGCCGGCUCCCGGCUUUCCCUUCUUGCUGCCCGGCCGUGGGGAGGGGGCGGCGGAGGGGCAGCCCCCCAAGAGGAAGAAGCCGCCUUGCCGGGCCUGCACCGAUUUCAAGAGCUGGAUGCGCGACCAGAAGAAGCAGGCGGCGUCGGAAACAGGAGCUGAAGAGAAGGAGCCAAAUCCUGAAUGCCCUCUAGACAGAGAAGAACUAGGGAGAAGCUCAUGGGCAUUUCUUCACACAAUGGCAGCAUAUUACCCUGACCAGCCUAGUAAAACGCAGCAGCAAGAAAUGGUGCAGUUCAUCCACUUAUUUUCCAAGGUUUUCCCUUGUGAGGAGUGUGCAGAAGAUGUGAGAGAUCGAAUACGGCGAAAUCAGCCUGAUGCCACCAGCAGGCAAAACCUGACCCAGUGGUUUUGCCGGCUCCACAAUGAAGUGAAUAAGAAGUUGGGGAAGCCCGAAUUUGACUGCUCCUUCGUAGACCAGCGCUGGCGCGACGGCUGGAUAGAUGGGUCCUGCGAUUAGAUACCCUCCUGGAAAUAAA